GUACUCCUCAUUGUCUUACAUUCUGCUCUCGACGACUCCGACAGGUAAUAUCGUAAGCGUAACUAUUCCCGGGCUAGCCUUACUUUGGCUGUUACUUGUGUUUCUUCUCUCUAGCGUAUCCAGACGAUAUUAACUAUGGCACCUCGUACUAAAGAAGAGCUCCUCUCUUACGGAGUAAUGGACCCGGCCAUGGUAGACGCACUAGCCCGUAGUCCGGUCCGGGACCCACUACCAUCCGAUCCGUAUUACGGAGACGAGUCUCAUUCGGCGCUGCGCGCACACCGGGCCACUACUCUGCGUGAAAAACACCACCUCCGCUAUGUUCCAGGGCCAAUUUUAGAGCAGGUUAGCGAGGAGGACCGCAAGAUUCCCGUGCGUGAUGGCAGUGAGAUCACGGUGCGCAUUUAUCGCCCUGUAGUGAAGCCGACGCAAGGAAGCCCCUUAGUCGUGAUGUAUCACGAAGGCGGGUGGAGCAUGGGUGAUUUGAGCGACGAAGAGACCAAUUGCCGGCUUUUCAGUCGCGAUCUAGGGGCUGUCUGCGUCAAUGUUGACUAUCGUCUAGGGCCGGAACACCUUUUCCCUACUUGGAUUGAUGAUAGCUGGGAUGCAUUGAAAUGGGCAGCGCAAAACGCAGCAUCCCUCGGCGCAGACCCUUCUCUUGGCUUCAUCAUCGGCGGCGGUUCAGCCGGAGGCAACAUCACAGCUGUUCUCGCGCACAUCGCACGGGACGGGAAGCUCAACCCACCCUUAACAGGACAAUACCUCUGCGUGCCAGCGAUAAUGUGUCUGACUCCCCCAGCAUUGAUCCCGCCACAAUAUCGAUCAGAGUACCUUUCGCACCCAGACGUCACGUCUAACAUAGACCCAGUGCUCAAGAUCAAAGUCGGCGCCGAAUUCGCCGAGCAAGUGUCUCAGACCCUCAAAGCAUCGUGGUCCGAUCCGCGCAUGGUACCCUUCCUAUACGGGGGACUUGAGGGCGGACACCGUGGGCUGCCACCUGCAUACUUUCAGGUCUGCGGACUGGAUCCCCUGAGAGAUGAGGCUUUAAUUUACGAGAAGAUUUUGAGAGAGGAGGCAAGCGUUAAGACACGGCUAGACUUGUACAAGGGAUUCGGCCAUUACUUUUGGACCAAUUGGCCGCAACUAGACAGAAGCCGCGAGUUCGUGGAAGACACCAUCAAGGGUGUAAAGUGGCUACUUGAGCAGAAACAAUAAACCCGCUUCGGAUAUCGCUCAGGGGUUAAAGCGCCUCGAGCCGGUCUAUUACAUGGAAAUAGACAUAUGAAGUAUAGUAUCUAUUCUACAGAUCUACCAAUUCAUAAUUG